CCUAAUGCUGUAUGUAUGAUCUUACGCAGUCUUCCUGAAAUCCUUAACAGAAUCUUUUCUCAUUCUCUGCAGAACUCCAUCCGUCACAACCUGUCACUGCACACACGAUUCAUCCGCGUGCAGAACGAGGGCACGGGGAAAAGCUCCUGGUGGAUGCUGAACCCGGAUGGGGGCAAGUCGGGCAAAGCCCCCCGUCGGAGGGCAGUCUCCAUGGACAACAACAGCAAGUUCCUGAAGAGCAAGGGGAGAGCCAGUAAGAAGAAAGCAGCUGCUGUGGCAGCCUCAGUGCAGGAAGGACCAGAGGAGAGCCCAGGGAGAGGGACAGGUGGGGCAUGGAGCCCUGCAGGGGGAGGGGGAGCCAUAGCAGGGGGGGUGGGGGAGGAAUUUGAUGCCUGGACUGAUAUCCGCUCGCGGGCCAGCUCCUCCGCAUCCACACUGAGCAGUCGUCUCUCCCCAAUCCUGGCUGCAGAUGAUGAUCUGGAACCAGAGGAUGGCCCUUCAUGCUCUGCCUCCCCACGGAUGUACCCUAGCCCUUCCAGCACCCUGUCACCAAACUUGGGCACGGGGGGCCGCUGUCCUGUGGAGCUCCCCCAGCUAGCAGACCUGACAGGGGCCAUCAACCUCAAUGAGAACCUCAACGGGCUUCUGGAGCACCACCAGGACAGCUACGCACCUUCUCACCAGCAGAUGAAGCAAAGAGCUUCUGGAUUCCCCUUUCACGGGUCCAAGUGCGCAGGAACUCCUUCCAGUGCUGGAACCUACUGCGGCACCAUCUACAGCCAGUCAUCCAUGGGCAUGCUGCGCCAUUCGCCCAUGCAAACCAUCCAGGAGAACAAGCCCACCACCUUCCAGGCGGCCGUUGGGAACCACUACCCCAGCAGCACCUCCUUACAGGAUCUGCUCACUAACACCCAACAGUACCGAGCAAAGGCACUCAUGCUAAACCACGAGGCUGAUUCUUUGAUGCCCAACCCUGCAGUGGGGGUGACCUCCCAUGCCCACUCCCACUCCCACUCCCACUCCCACACCCACUCUCACUCCCACUCCCACUCUCACUCUCACAGACCUACGCUCUGCAGCAGCAGUGGCAGCAGCUCAAGAGGACUGUCGAAUGGUGGUGUGCUGAUGCAAGCUUAUAAUAACACCAACAACAGCCUCAAAGUUGGCAGCAUGUACUCUUCGUCUAAUCACAGCCAUCUCCCCACCUCCACUGCCUUGCCACCCAAUCCGGCUGGGCUGCUGGGUGCCCCACUGGACACGUGUCACCUAGCCACUGCCCCUCACCAAAGGCCACACCCUGGCCAGCCUUACCCCAUCCACAGCCAUCACCAAGGCAUGGUGGACUCCAUCCAUGGCCCCUACCACCCUCACCCCCACCCCCAAGGGAACUACCAUUACCACAAUCAUCUCCACCACCACUACCCCCCCGAGCGGCUGCCAGCUGACUUGGAUCUGGACAUGUUCCACGGCAGCCUGGACUGCGAUGUGGACUCCAUCAUCCUCAAUGAUUUCAUGGACUCCUCAGAGGAGAUUGACUUCAAUUUUGACUGCGCUCUGUCACAGGGCAACAUGAGCAUGGCCAUGGGCAUGGGCAACUUGCCUGGGACGCCCCAGACCCACAAUAACCAGAGCUGGGUGCCAGGUUAAGAGGGAAUGGGAGGGGAUGAGGCUUAGCCCCCAUCUCAACCUAUGGACUGAUCUGAGACUGAUGUAUAAGUCUUCUGUACUUCUUCACCAGGGCUUUCAAAACCGCAUUCGCACAAGUCUGUCAGUGAAGACAUAAUGUCUCCUAUUCAACCGUAACGUUAUGAUUCAGUUCCUUAACCCUACACAUGUAAUGAUUGGCAGAAACUUUAAGUUUCAGGCGUCGUACUGAAACAAAGGAAGCUAUCAAGGAAAUGUGUCCUGCCACAGCACUGUAUGUUCACUUCCCUCCCGUGCUACAGAUUAUAGGACCCCUCAUGAGAGUUUCACUGCCUUUGUGUGGUUAGGAGGGGGUGCCAUUAACUGUAACCCAGGAAGGAAGUAAAUUCUAGCGUCAUGGGGAGAUAACUGGGCUUCAUCUUAAAGAUCAGUGAAACAAACACAGAACAGUACGGGGUUGUGAGAAUGUGCCGACGCUGAUCGAAGAAAAUGCUUUUCAAAGCCUUGGUUCCACCACUUUAACACGGUUCAGACUUGAUGGGUUCCUCUCAACACUGUACAAGAUAAGAAUGAGUAAGUCUUAGACUGGCUUUGAGAGAUUUCUCUGAGUUACAAAUAAUGCUUUGGCAUUAUUUAACCAUUUAACUAUAUUUAGCUAUCAUGUUUCAUUGGUACAUCUCUACUCACGAUUGCAAACCAAGGGUCCCUUGAUUUAACAUCUAGACAACAGGACGUGCUUCACAUCAACCAGGCCCAUUGGGUGUCAAUAGAUUAGAAAACAUUUGCAACAAAUUAAGCAAGCUCUAGUCAAACUACAACAAGUAGACAAGACUUCUAACGAAUGUACUGGUAAUAUCGUCUCAAAACAAAAAGCCGUUAACGUUAAAGCCUGUUGCAUUGCCCGUUGCCUGCUGGAUAAUUGAAGACCAUUGGGCAUUUAACAAAAAGACAAGGCCAGUUCUCAACACCUAAUGACUGCUGCAGAGGAUAUUAAUGGUAUCAUAAAACAAAUACAUGAAGACUGCGCUACUCAGAACCUGAUGCAACAUACACCAUUAUAAUACUCCAAAUUGUCCAAUAGAAAAAUACAUUUAAACACUGCAAAUCUUAGACUGCUGCAUUCUUAUCUUCUGCUGUGAUAACUGUUGUUCUGUGUUCUUUUGCAGAUACGCCCCUGUAUACAUGUCCUGUUUGUUGGUCAACUUUUGAGUCACUUUUCUUUGAGGUCUGAUGCGUUCUGUGAAAUACUCCAAGGGGCCGUCCAAAAUUAUCAUAAUUUUCUAAAAGUGUACAAAGAGUGUGCAGAGGGGGUGGGUGUUCCAAAAAUCAAGACAUUUUAAUAUAGUUUGAAAUAGUCACAUGCCUUCUUUAAAAAG